AUGGAUGAUUGGCUUCCAUCGACACGUCUCCGCCAACCGUUAGUACCGCGACUCCGUGUAGAGGAAAACACGGUGCCGUGGGAUCAUUAUGUAGUUUCGUCCUAUACGUGAGGCCGAGAAUAGCCAGCAUUGCCAACUUUGGUUGCACAAGUGAUGGAUGUAUAGAUUGUAUCUUGCUGCGAGUACGUCUGCAUACGAUUGCGCGUCAUUCUUAAACUCCGGGACAAGCUGUUCUGGUGGGUGUGCCAGCGAUGACGAUGGUCGCGAGACGGAUCGAAAAUGUGUCUCGGAGUGAUGUGUCCGCAGUUGUCUUUGCGGGCGAAAGUCAGGUCGUAGUAGGAUACGAAAACCAUGAUAUUCGUCGAUGGAAGAUUGAAGACGGUCAGCAACAGGGCCCAACUAUGCAAGGGAGCGGUACUGUCGAUUCUGUUGUCGUUUCUCGGGAUGGCCAGUGGAUUGUGUCUGGAGAUCGUGGAUGGAAAGCAAUCGUUUGGAAUGCGGCUACUCAUGAAAAAGUGCGCGAGUUCACAGAACAUGGCUUCUGGGUACACGGGGUCGAUAUCUCGAGCGACUGUACUAAAAUUGCCUCCGUGGGUGGCAGCAUCUCCCAGAUAGCUAGCAUUACUUCCGGUACCCGUCUCCUUCCUCCCCUCCCACAGUCUUCGAUUGUUGGUAUCAAGUUCUCCCCAGACGGCAGUCGAUUUGCUACCGCCUCAGAGACUCAAGGUUUCCGCGUCUACAACACCCACAAUGGCAAUAUCUUCUUCGAUUCAGGUCAAAAGGGUUCGACCGGUUCAUGGUCAAACACUCAGUUGGCCUGGUCGUCUAAUGGCCAGCAGCUAUUCGUCGCGAGCAGGGGCAAAAUCAUUUAUUUCGACCUUGCUAAGUUUUCGUCUUCAGAGUGGUCGAUCCAUGAAAAUCAAUCACCGGUACAUAUCGCAUCCAACGGCAGAUUCGUUGCGUGUGCCGCAGGCACAUCGGUUUCGCUAUGGGAUUGCGUGUCCCACAAACAGAUCGGUAGCAUUAUCACACACACCUCACGAAUCAAAUGUGUCGCCCUCUCGCCAAGCGGGCGGUAUCUCGCAUGUGGAUAUGACAGGAACAUCACAAUUCACAAUCUCAGAAGCGACCUUCCCCCUAAGUAUUUCAUCCGUGGUCUUCCGCUUGUACAAGCGAGUGAUGAGACCCUCAAGUCAUGGAUGCAGAACGAUCCGACGAACACCGAAAGGCUGCUUUCAGAGGAGAUCACCAGCUCUUCGAUCCCUCAAUACUGUGUGCUAGCAAACCGCGCUCUUAUAAGAGCACGUUUGCAACAUUUGGUACCUGCAAUCGAAGAUGCCAAGGAGUCCCUUCGCGUUCAGCCAUCACCUAUCGGCUAUAUUGCGUUAGCAGUUGCUCUACUUGGCCAGGGGAAUCGAGAAGGUGCACUAUGGGCAUUCGACUUUGCGUCUCAUGAUUGCGAUCCGUACGACAUCAGAUUUCUUAUACUACUGAAGUCGAUCCUCGUGUUCGAAUCCGGAAGUCAGGAAGAAGCGAUAGACCGCGUAGAACACCUUGCUACGAGAGCAAACAAUGACAAUGACGACGAUACCAUCUACGUUUACACCCAGGCACGCGAUUCACACGAUGCAGACACGUCCUCGGAGUUAUCCCCCGAGAAUAAGCAAUGUCCUCCGCUAGUGACGAUCUCGCUCAUAUUUGAGUGGAGUUUCAAUGGGCUGGACAUUGUUGCCCAGCAACGUUUAUGUGAAGUCCUCUACGCUGAAGACCGUGCAACCGAAGCCGUGGAGAUUUUCCUCAACAUUAUCAAGACAUCGGACGAGGAGAUCCUGAGAGGCAAGGAAAACGCAAACUGGGUUGCAAAUUUCACCAAAAAAUGCGCCACCACACUUGAGCAUAUUGGCGACCAAGCCUUCGGAUCCGGUGAACACGAAGAUGCAAUAACGCGGUACUCUGCUGCGUUUCCCAUCAGUCCUCCGAGUGCUGCAGGUCCAUUUAUCAAGUGGAGCAGAGCUCGAGCUGCAAAAGGUUUGUGGGAGGAUGCGCUACAAGAUGCGAACAACGCGGUGAAAGCGGAUCCCUCCAGCCCUUGGGGCUAUGAGGCGAAGCAUGUGGCACUCCAUGGAGCAAAACGGUAUGACGAAGCAAUCGACGCUUUCAACUUUAUGCUUCGUGUAAUUGAACAGUCUCAUGACCCUGCAAUCCGGGAAUUGCGCAAGAACUACGUUUCUCCAUCUGAGACAGUUGCAGCUAUUGAUCCUAUCAUCCGCGAGACUCUUAAAAAUUCUCCCCUCGCCAUCAUCGAUGUCAACAGUGGUUGCCUUUGUGAUAAUCCUGAGAAGAUACGUAUCUUCAAGGCCGAUCCAUCAUUCAAAGAGCUUGUUUCAGCUAUGACGACAGAAGUGGACGAGGAGCGGAUUCAACGAGUGGUUGCAGGUUUUUUCGGAUACGUGAUGUUCUCGCACGCAUGGCAGGGGAACGAACCGACAUUCCAGGACGUCAAGCAAGUUGAAUCCAAAUCCGUGUGGGACCUUCCCGACACGCUCCUGAAUAAGAAGUUGCACAAUUUCUGCAAGGCGACGUGCAAACUUGGCUACAAUUGGGCAUGGUCGGAUACAUGUUGUAUCGACAAGUCCACGAGCUCCAUCCUUAAUCAAUCCCUUACGUCUAUGUACAAAUGGUAUGCAAAUUCUGCAGCCACGCUCGUAUUCCUUGCCGGUGUAACGCAUCCGACCAAGCCCGGGGACCUCAAACGUAGUUUGUGGAUGACGCGAGCAUGGACUUUACAAGAGCUUCUCUCGCCGACAACCAUCUUUUUCUGUGAUGCCGAGUGGAAGUUAUACCUUGGCGAUACCAGUGAAAACCACAAGCAGUCCCCAGAGAUCACGCAAGAACUAGCAGAUGCUAUCAAUAUUCCCCCCGGAACCAUCGCUGCGUUCUCUCCAGACGAUCUCGGGGUGCGCGAAAAACUUCGUCUCGCUUCGACGCGCAAUGCGACAAUCGACGAAGAUGCUGCGUAUUCUCUCAUCGGCAUAUUCAAGUCUGAUCUUAGGCCUCACUACGGCGAAGGACCCGACGCCCUCGGACACCUUCUGGAGGAGAUCGUGGCUCGCUCUGGGGAGGUCAGUGUACUUGCGUGGUCAGGAAAGUCAUCGACAUACAACAGUUGUCUCCCGGCGUCCCUUUCUGUUUACAGCCAAACUCCUUACAGCCCUCCAUCUCUCGAAGGGGAUGAAAUCCAAAGGUGCAUCAAAGAAUUACGUGACAAGUUGCCCCGGUAUGAAGCACGGAUUAUAUACAAUAAAAUCAAUCGUCUUUCUCCUGCCCGUCUUGCAACCCGACGUCUACAUCUUCCAUGCAUCGUCUUCUCUGUGAGAAGUCUCGAAAACCCACGUAGUGACAAUACGAAGCUUUAUCGUGCCAGAGUAUCAGGACUUGGAAAUGUAGAGUUCAUGACUGCAGAUGAUCUCCUACUGCACGAGCCAAAGAAACUCAUCUUCGCGAAUCCUUGGAUCAAUCAUAUCCGAGGUCCGAGUAGUGGGGUUACCUGGGGAGAUGACUCGGACUCUGAUACCGACUCUGACUCGGAUGAAGUUGUGUCGAUACUUGCUGUCCCUGCGCUUCAGGUUGACAACUAUACCCGGGCACUAGAGAUGUUUGCUCGCCUUGGACAGCCUUUCAACGCAUUACUUCUGGUACAGCAGUCGAAUGGAACGUACAAGAGGAUCGCUGCAGAGAACGAGAUUGUUGUCUCAGGACUCGGAACCAACAUCACCUCCAAGAACGUUCGAGCGAAAGUGUUGGAAAUCCUUUGA